GAAGUAGCUGCAGGAAGUUUCUCUCUCGUGAAUGUCACCUGUUUCUUCUGUGCUGUUUGUGCUGCAGAAGUAUGAAAGCGUCAUUAGCGGUGCAGAGGUUCGCUGCCCUCAGCGGGGCUCUGGCGGUCACCGCCGGCGCUUAUGGGGCUCAUGGGUUCAGACUGAGUAACAGGGAUGACUACCAGAGAGAGCUCUACAGCACGGCCAAUACCUAUCAUUUCUACCACAGUUUGGCUCUUUUAGGAGCCUCUCGAUGCAGGAAGCCUGCUCUGGCUGGAGCAAUUCUCUUGACAGGCAUGGGCUGCUUCUGUGGGCCUCUCUACCACCAGGCUUUAACGGGGGAUCCCUCCUUCAGCAAGCUGGCACCCAUUGGGGGUGUGCUUUUCAUCGUUGGCUGGCUUGCCAUGGCUGUCUGAGUUUUGACCUUCCAUUUCUUUCUACACAGCCUCCUGAUUGUUGACCGUUGCUUUCUGACAGGGAGUGUAAAAUUUGAGCGUUAAGAAGUGGAGAUAUGGAGUGGAGGGUGGAGUUGUUCAGCCACAUCUGCAGGAUGAUGAUAAAGCUUUCGCAUCACCCCUUUCCUAUUACAGAAAAAAAAAUUUAUUUCUAGAGGGGAAAAAAAUCCUUUAUACAGUUGUGACAGCAUGAUGAGUAGUAGGUUAUAUUCGCAUUACAUAGUGGCACAAAUCAGAUUUUUUUUCUUUGCUUGUGACAGUGACAUGGGCUUGGUUGUGUUUUCCAGAGCUGCAAAUCUAAUCUUCUCAAUACAGUUUGAGCCACUUUCAUUUGUAGUCCUAGAGCUGAUACAUAUCCAGGACAUGGCCACACAACUGAAAUUCAUGUUUUUGCAUCAUAUCAUAUUACUGUCCAAGAGUGGCAGCAUGCCAGCAGGGCCUUACUUUAAAAAUGGAUGACUGUUAGUAAUAAUGGACCAAAAAAACAGCAAGAACCUUCCCCAGCUUUUUUGACUUUAUGUCCUAAUCAUGAACAGCUAAUGAGAUGUCAGUCAACCACCAAAGUGCACAGUCUUUAAGAUGAAGAUUUGUGUUGCUGUAAUUGAUUGUCUUGCAAGUAUGACUUUUUUGUUUGUUUGUUUGUUUUUGUUCUUCAUGAUGCAUUUGGCUCCUGUAUGUGAACUUAAUUUCAUAAAUCUUCCAUUUACCAAUGUAAAUCACCAAGGUGGCUUGAAUCCCAGCAUCAUAUUUGAACGAUAAGGCUAGUAUUGUGAGCACAAUCCAAGUGCCUGUGCUUUUAUAUUGUGAUUUAACGCCUUUGUUUCUCAGGUUGAAAAAUAAAUCUGUCUGAGAAAGUGA